UCGGUCACUAAUCGAUUUUUUCUCAGACAUGUGACCGAAUUAGCCGCUCACAUGGGCUUUGUAUGAUCCGCUCUUGCUUUUUAAAGUCCGCCGAUCAAGCGCGCUGUGUGACAAACAGCCGAGGCGGAGAGCCGUGAGCACACACACACACACACACACACACACACACACACACACAUAUACACACAGAGACAUACACACUCUCACACACAUGGCGAGCGGAGGGCAGAAAGUGGUGCUGAUCACCGGCUGUUCCUCAGGCAUUGGGCUGCGAAUAGCCGUCCUACUGGCCAAAGACGAGAAGAGGCGUUACCAUGUCAUAGCCACCAUGCGGGACCUGAAGAAGAAGGAUAAGCUGGUUGAAGCAGCGGGAGAUGCCUUUGGGAAAACCCUUACGCUGGAAGCUCUGGAUGUUUGCAGCGAUGACUCAGUUAGGCAGUGUAUCAACAGUGUCAAAGACCGCCACAUUGACAUCCUCAUAAACAACGCUGGAGUGGGUCUGCUGGGACCACUGGAGAGCAUCAGCAUGGAGCAGAUGAAGAGGGUGUUUGAGACCAACUUUUUUGGCACCGUCCGCAUGAUCAAAGAGGUCAUGCCCGACAUGAAGAAACGCAGGGCGGGCCACAUCAUUGUCAUGAGCAGCGUCAUGGGCAUGCAGGGAGUGGUGUUUAAUGACGUCUACACAGCCUCCAAGUUUGCCAUCGAGGGCUUCUGUGAAAGCAUGGCAGUGCAGCUGCUCAAGUUUAAUGUGAAGCUGUCUUUGAUUGAGCCAGGGCCUGUGCACACAGAGUUUGAGUCGAAAAUGAUGGACGAUGUAGCCAAGAUGGAGUUUCCCGGAACAGACCCAGACACUGUCAGAUACUUCAAGGAUGUCUACAUGCCGUCUUCCAUCGAUAUCUUCGAGGCAAUGGGGCAGAUGCCAGAAGAUAUAGCUAAAUGCACUAAGAAGGUGAUCGAGUCGAGCAGCCCUCGGUUCAGGAACCUCACCAACAGCCUGUACACACCCAUCGUGGCCAUGAAGUACGCGGACGAGACUGGCGGUCUGUCUGUACACACCUUCUACAACCUGCUGUUCAAUUUCGGCUCCCUGAUGCACAUCACCAUGAGCAUCCUCAAAUGCCUGACCUGCAGUUGCCUGCGCAGACGCACCAUCUCACCCGACUGAAGGGGGCAGCAGUGAGACAAAGACAGAAUCAUACCAUAUACCCCAGAAUGUCCAGAUUAACGUAUGGGCCUUGAUGAACAGAGCGGCACACGUGAACACAUUCAAAUAUGUAUUCAUGUAUCCAGGGGUUCCUCAGACGAUGCCUUAGAACAGUGGCUUCAGUUCUAAGUUCCCAGCCCCAUAGACUUUUCUGUUUUCUCUGCUCUGACACACCUGAUCUAACUUAUCAACUAAUAAUCAAGCCAUUUGCGAAUCAGGCAGGUUGGUACAGAGUAAUGAUGCACUCUAGGUGGGACACAAGAUUAGAGCGGGGCAAUGUCACCUUAAAGAAAUAGGUUACUGCCAUAGCAGAAAGUGUUAAAGAAGAGUGGGUCAGUAGUAAAUUAUUGCGUUAUUUAUGAUGACCGAGACACAGGAAUGCAGUCUGGAAUCUGGAAAUGUAACAGGAGGAAAACAGACAGUCUGAAAAAGCUAAUCUAACAUAUAAGAUUAAAUCUCAAUACUUACUGCCUGUAAUUAUCGGCCUACGCUAAUGAUUUCGGUGAAUUCUAUUGUGAAGCUCUCUUAAAGCUUUUCUUGAUAUUUUGCCAUUUCUGAAUUAUUAUUCUCUGCCUACGCUGUGCAUUUUUAAAUUAAUGUGAAUAUCUAGGUUAUAAUGUGAUCUCCUUCUAAAGGAGACUUGAUUUUAAAAUAAAACAUUGCGAUUUGACAAGA